GAAGUGCACCCGCGUCCGCUGGGCGCCGCGGGCGGAGGGACGCGCGGAGAUGACGCAGGCAGCACCGGAAGCCGCUCCCCUGUGAGGUUGCAGACCCCGAGCGGCGGCCGCUGGUCCAGGCGCCAUGGCUGCGGAGCGGACCCGGCCGCUGCGAGGCUCUGGCGGCCCGAGCGCGCCUAGUCGGUGUGAGCCCGGCGCGAGGUCCCGGGCCCCGGGGCGCUCGCUCAGGUAAAUUUUUCCAUAACCUUAUGGAGAGAAAGGACUUUGAGACAUGGCUUGAUAACAUUUCUGUUACAUUUCUUUCUCUGACGGACUUGCAGAAAAAUGAAACUCUGGAUCACCUGAUUAGUCUGAGUGGGGCAGUCCAGCUCAGGCAUCUCUCCAAUAACCUGGAGACUCUCCUCAAGCGGGACUUCCUCAAACUCCUUCCCCUGGAGCUCAGUUUUUAUUUGUUAAAAUGGCUCGAUCCUCAGACUUUACUCACAUGCUGCCUCGUCUCUAAACAGUGGAAUAAGGUGAUAAGUGCCUGUACAGAGGUGUGGCAGACUGCGUGUAAAAAUUUGGGCUGGCAGAUAGAUGAUUCUGUUCAGGACGCUUUGCACUGGAAGAAGGUUUAUUUGAAGGCUAUUUUGAGAAUGAAGCAACUGGAGGACCAUGAAGCCUUUGAGACCUCAUCGUUAAUUGGACACAGUGCCAGGGUGUAUGCACUUUACUACAAGGAUGGACUUCUCUGUACAGGGUCAGAUGACUUGUCUGCAAAACUGUGGGAUGUGAGCACAGGACAGUGCGUUUAUGGCAUCCAGACCCACACUUGUGCAGCAGUGAAAUUUGAUGAGCAGAAGCUUGUGACAGGCUCCUUUGACAACACUGUGGCCUGCUGGGAAUGGAGUUCUGGAGCCAGGACCCAGCACUUCCGGGGGCACACAGGGGCGGUGUUUAGCGUUGACUACAAUGAUGAACUGGAUAUCUUGGUGAGUGGCUCUGCAGACUUCACUGUGAAAGUAUGGGCUUUAUCUGCUGGGACGUGCCUGAACACGCUCACCGGGCACACGGAAUGGGUCACCAAGGUGGUUUUGCAGAAGUGUAAAGUCAAGUCUCUUUUGCACAGCCCUGGAGACUACAUACUCUUAAGUGCGGACAAAUACGAGAUCAAGAUUUGGCCGAUUGGGAGAGAAAUUAACUGCAAGUGCUUGAAGACAUUGUCUGUCUCUGAGGAUAGGAGUAUCUGCCUGCAGCCAAGACUUCAUUUUGAUGGCAAAUACAUUGUCUGUAGUUCAGCGCUGGGUCUCUACCAGUGGGACUUUGCCAGUUAUGAUAUUCUCAGGGUCAUCAAGACUCCUGAGAUAGCAAACUUGGCCUUGCUUGGCUUUGGAGAUAUCUUUGCCCUGCUGUUUGACAACCGCUACCUGUAUAUCAUGGACUUGCGGACAGAGAGCCUGAUUAGCCGCUGGCCUCUGCCAGAGUACAGGAAAUCAAAGAGAGGCUCAAGCUUCCUGGCGGGCGAAGCAUCCUGGCUCAAUGGACUGGAUGGGCACAAUGACACGGGCUUGGUCUUUGCCACCAGCAUGCCUGACCACAGUAUUCACCUGGUGUUGUGGAAGGAGCACGGCUGACGCCACGAGCUUACCACCGCUGACUUGACUUUGGGUGCCGGGGCUGCGGGUUUUCAGUGCAACCUCUGUGGCAGCCGACUGCAUGAACCAAAGUUCUCACCUAAUGGUAUCAUCGCGCAGUGCACAAUCAUUUAUCCAUGUUUGCCAGGGGGCCAGGGCUCGGGGCGGGGGAGGGCUUGUUUUAUUGACAUACAGCACAGCAUGCUAGUGGGGGUACGCCAUUGACUUCAUUUGUACUUAGUUAUGUUGGUCAAUAGAAGAGGAUGCAUUUUGGGUUCAUCUUUCUUGAAUAUUGGUUUUAAGUAAAGAAAGUUAAAUGGCUCAUUAAUCUGCUAAUUGGUUGCCUAUAAAAACACAUUCAGUCUAUUAUUAAAGCUUUUUACCAUC